GUGGCUGCGCCGGGGCUUGGAAAAGACGGAGCACUGGGGCGGCGGUGAUGCUCGCAGGGUCCCCGCUGCUCCCUCUUCUUGCUUUCUCGGUGACGGGGCGCGGAGCAAGCUGGGGAGAGGGGCGACGGCAGUAACCCCCCCCCCCCCCGGGGAAACCCUGCGCCCCGUGCGGAUGUGCCUUCUGCUGGGGAAACUGAGGCACACGUGGGGCAAAGCAGCUUCUCCAAGGUCAUCACCCCCUCCCCAGGCCUGAGCUGCUCCUGAGCGGUGCCCCCCAACCCGGGGAGGUGCUGGGUGCAGGGGCAAGCAGAAACGCUGCCCUCGCCGGCACUGCUCUCGGCCCUCUCCCUGCCCCGCUUUCCCCUUCUCGCCAUCGCUGGCCUCCCCUACGACCAGCCUGUCCACCACCGGCCUGCUUGCGGCGGACUUUCUCUGGCAGCAACUCCACGGAGCCAGACCGUCGAGAGGGUGUUCCCCAGCUUCCAAUUUUAUUUUUUUUUUUUAGCUUCCUUUGAGUGGCAUGCGAAGGAAAGGCAAAUGUAAUUACAAGGGGGUAGCACUUAAUGAGUCGCUGCUCGUCAGCCUGCGCUGCCGUGGGUGUUGGAGAGGAGAGCAGCGAGAGGCGGAGGGCGGCUGCUGCAGCUGGGGCUCUCCCGCACCCGGCGGCAGAUCUUGGCUCUCCCUCGCUCCUCAGAGCUGGGUCUGAGCUUCCCUGGCACCGCACGGCGCUUGUCGGCAUCACCGUGCACCUUCAACAUCACCGUGCGCCCUCACCGUCACAACUGCUCGUGCUGCCCACGGUCGCGGGUCACGUUAGCACUCGCUUGUUGACGGACCGAUGCACAGGCUGCCUUACCCUUGUGUACGCUUGUGCAAAAACCCAGCGUGCACCUUCCCGCCCGUGAGCGUGGCGGGAGCUGGUGCCUGGGGUCCCCGCAGGGAGCUGUGGAGGAGUUUUUCCAAUCUAAGGGAUGGAUUUUUGUAGCUGCCACCCUUAAGCCUGCCUUUAAGCUGCGGCUGAGCAUGGUUUAGGGGCGAGCGUUGGCGAGCAGCAGCGGCAGCCAGGAGCCGCACGUGGGCUCUCCCGUGUGCCCUUGCCGAUGCUGGCAGCCGGCGAGGUGUCUCUGCCUGCGGCUUCGGCAGGCGAGAGCAAAGAAGUGACCUGGAGGUGUCAAAAUGUCUCUCUCGGUUUGUGACACUGGUGGGGAAAGAGCCUUGCAAAGCUGCUGCCCACGAACCGAGCUCUGCAGGCACGCGCCUGCCUUCCCAUCUGCACCGCGAGGGUUUUGGGGGAUGGUUUUGUUCAGAGAAGGGUAGAGAGGGUCCCGACGGCCAGGAGAGGUCUGUGCCGCAGCGCCAGCGCUCCUGCCAUGCUGUGGCUUGACCCCGUGUCUGUGUUUCCUCCUCUCUCCGCGGGCGAGGAUCCCCGGACAGGAGGUCUCUUCGUGCCCGUCCACCACGCCAGCACCCAGCCACCACCUAGGCCGAGCACGCUGGCAUUCGGACCUACUUCUUCAGCGCCGAGAACACGGAGGAGCAGGAGUCCUGGAUCCAAGCCAUGGGCGAAGCCGCCCGGGUGCAGAUCCCCCCAACCCAGAGGCAUGAGAAGCCAGACUCCGAAAACAUCCCCCCCAGCAAACACCACCAACAUCACUGCAACGCCACUCACCGCGAGCACCCCAGAGCUGACCCCGAUGCCAAGACCCGGGGGGAAGGUGACGGCCGUGGCUCGGAGAAGAUCGAAAGGAAGUCGGAGAGGAUGGAGAGCAAGAAGGAGCCCUUGGCCAAAGCCAAUGGCAUCGCCGGGCAGGAGAUGCCCUCGGAGCCCAGCAGUCCUUACCCCGAGGCGCCUCGGGUACCGGCGAGCGUGGAGCGGCCGCCGCAGCCCAACGGCUGGCCGUACUCAUCGCCCAGCCGCCCCGGCAGCACCGCGUACCCCCCACCCGAUGGGGAGAGCGUGGCCCACCGCCGGGGCUUCGCCCCCCGCACCAACCCCGAGAAGAUCGCCCAGCGCAAGAGCUCGAUGACGCAGCUGCAGCAGUGGGUGAACUCGCGCCGGGGGGCCGUGCCCCCUGAGGAGCUGCGGAGCCCCACCAGGUUUUACCCCGUGUCUCGCCGGGUGCCCGACUACUAUUCCCCCUACUCGCCGCAGUACCCCGAGGAUUACCAGUACUACCCGCCCGGGGUGCGCCCCGACAGCAUCUGCUCCAUGCCCGCCUACGAGCGGGUGAGCCCACCCUGGGCGCUGGAGGACAAGCGGCACUCUUUCCGCAACGGGGGCACCUACCAGCUCCGCGACUGGAAGGAGCACCCCGGUUUUGGCCGGCAAGAUGUCCCGCUCUGGCUGCCUGGUCCCGGGAGGCAGCCGACCUACUUGGACGAGGUGGAUGCAGCCUCAGGCUCUCUGCGACGGAUGUCGCUGCAGCCCCGCUCCCGCUCCGUGCCCCGCUCGCCCAGCCAGGGCUCCUACAGCCGGGCACGGGUAUACUCCCCGGUCCGCUCGCCCAGCGCCCGCUUCGAGCGCCUGCCGCCCCGGGGAGAAGAGAUUUACGCCGACCCUACCACCUUCAUGAUGAGGCGGUCCAUCAGUUCUCCAAAGUACGACUAUCUGGGUGAUAGACGGCCCGUCCCUGCGGGAAUGUAUCCGUACCACUACCCGGCAUCCCCCACCGUCCAUGACAAAAUGGAUGAACUUUUAGACCUUCAGUUGCAAAGAAACCUAGAGUAUUUGGACCAGCAGAUGAGCGAGAGCGAAACCCUGAUCAGUAUGGUGAACAGGAUGGUGGAGACCUCCUCCCCUAGGGCUCAGCUCUACAUGCAAGUGACACCCUUCCCGGAGGCCUACAGGGAGACGCUGCACGCUUACAAGAUAAGCGAGCAAGACACCGAUAAGCUGCUGGGGAAGCUCUGUGAGCAGAACAAGGUGCUGCGGGAGCAGGAGAGGCUGGUGCAGCAGCUCCGAGCGGAGAAGGAGAGCCUGGAGAGCGCGCUGAUGGGGACGCACCAGGAGCUGGAGAUGUUCGGGAGCCAGCCUGCCUACCCGGAGAAGCUGCUGCACAAGAAGGAAUCACUCCAAAACCAGCUCAUCAAUAUCCGCGUGGAGCUGUCACAGGCCAGCACGGCCUUGGCAAAUAGCACCGCCGAGUACGAGACCCUGGAGAGCGAGGUGUCCGCCCUGCACGACGACCUCUGGGAGCAGCUGAACCUGGACAUCCAGAACGAAAUGCUCAACCGCCAGAUCCAGAAGGAGAUCUGGCGGAUCCAGGACGUGAUGGAGGGGCUGAGGAAGAACAACCCGUCCCGUGGCACGGACACUGCCAAGCACAGAGUGGCCAUUGGCCCGUCGGGGACGUACAGCUCCAACAGCCCCGCCAGCCCCCUGAGCUCGGCCAGCCUCACCAGCCCCCUCAGCCCCUUCUCCCUCGUCUCCGGCUCCCAGGGCUCACCCACCAAGCCAGGACCCGGCGAGGAACCAGGCCCGCCUCGACCUCCCCUCCCCAAGUCCUACGUACCCCUGGAGUCUCCUCCGACCGUUCCUCCGCUCCCCGGUGAGAGCCGCCUCUGGCCGUACCCCACCUCCCCUUCCUGGCAGCAAGGCGGCGAGGCGAAGAGGGGACAGCCCAAGCCGAGCUUCAAGCAGAGCAAAAAAGAGGUGCAGCGACCGGCCGCCCCCGGGCCCCCAGCCGAGGGGCUUCUGCAGAGCCGGCAGGAGCCAGAGGCAGAAAAGCAAGCAGCUCUCAACAAGGUGGGCAUCGUCCCCCCCAGGACCAAGUCUCCGGCGGAGGAGGAGGUGGUGCCCACGGUCGGUGUGCCAAGGAGGAGCGCCGGCGGCAUGGCCAACGGGCUCAGCUCCCGGGAGAGACCAAAGAGCGCCGUGUUUGCCAACGAGACGAAGGUGAAGAUGAGUGUGGAGGAGCAGAUCGACCGCAUGAAGCGCCACCAGAGUGGCUCGAUGAAGGAGAAGCGGCGCAGCCUGCAGCUCCCCGGCAGCCAGCAGCCCGACACCCCCGGCACGAAGGCACCCACCUCCUACAAGGUGGUGCGCCGGCACCGCAGCAUCCAUGAGGUGGACAUCUCCGACCUGGAGGCAGCGCUGCGCUCCGAUGACCCCGGCAAGGUCUACGAGACGCCCCAGGAGGAGAUUGCCCGGCUGCGCAAGAUGGAGCUGGAGCCGCAGCACUACGACGUGGACAUCAACAAGGAGCUCUCCACGCCGGACAAAGUCCUCAUCCCUGAGCGGUACAUCGAACUGGAGCCUGACACGCCACUCAGCCCCGAGGAGAUGAAGGAGAAGCAGAAGAAGGUGGAAAGGAUCAAGACCCUCAUUGCCAAAUCCAGCCUGCAGAAUGUCAUCCCCCUGGGCGAGGGGGAGGUGGACACCCCCCAGGACCCCGAGACCCAGCUUCAGGAGCAGGAGAAGAGGAUAGAGAUCUCGUGUGCGCUGGCUGCCGAGGCCUCCCGCCGGGGCCGCAUGCUCUCGGCUCAAUGCGCUACCCCAAGCCCUCCCACCUCCCCAGCCUCCCCGACUCCACCGACCAACCCCCUCUCGUCUGAAACAUCCCGGGUCGCCGACAACAGCCAUUUUAUGCGUGUCUGAGCCAUGAACUCAAGCCCUGGCUGCUGCCGGCAACAUCAAGUUCCACGGGGCCACGUUUUAGCGCCCUGACACGACACCGAACCUCUCGCCAUCGUUUUUGGUUCUCCUGGACCCCCUUCCCUCCCACCGACGGCGAGACCACCCGGCACGGCCGAGCAGGGAGAUGCGUCGCCGACAGCACCAGCUGCUCUGCCCCGUCCCGGAGGAGACGUGUGGGUGCUGGGAGGUUGUCCGCUGGAGCGUGGUCCCCAAGGAGCCCCCCAGGCUGCCAGCUGGCACGGGGACAGAUCCACGGUGUCCUGGGUGUCAGGCUUGUGUGGACGGCCGGGCAGGGGCAUCUGCAGCAGCGGCCGCCGGCACAGCAGCCGUCUCCCUACCGGGACAACCCUGGGGGAGCGUAGGACUCCCUGGGCUCCCCAUGCUGAUGCGUUGGUCUCCCAAAGGUCUGCGAAGGGGCUCUUCUUGGUGGAGACCGGCCAGUACCCACCUUGGAUGGUGCUUCCACCUUACACUGGACCUGGAUGCUCCAUCUCUGCUCCUCGGGUACCUCUUCCCCUCCCUGUGCCCUGAAGCUGCUUUUAGCAUCCGUCUGGCUGGGGGUAGUCUCUGGCAGAGCCUGGCGGGUCUCAUCGCUGCUGGCGCUGGUGGCUCAGCAGGAGGAAGAAGGAGCUGUGUUGGGGACAGGAUGGAUGGAGGUGGGACUGGGGGGCGGGGAUGACACAGGGGUGCCCAGAGGAGUGCUGUGCUGGGGGGUCAGGGUGGUACAAGGGCUGCCUGGGACACCGGUGCGCCGCUGGCACGGAGCAGGAGGUCUGGGCGAGGACGGGGACGUUGGACGGGAGCAGAGGAGCGGUGCGGGGAGCUGGGGCGCGAGGUGGGACGGCGAAGCUGCGAGCUUGGCUGGGAUCCCUCUGCGGUGGAUGGGGACGGUGACGAGAAGGGGAAGGGGCUUGAGGCCAGGCGGCAGCACCGGGGCUCGUCCUCAGCACGGGGACCAGCACCCCGGCUGUCCCCCAUCCCACCGUCGCCUCUUGUCUCAGCCCCUCUGAAAAUCUGGCACCGCAUCUCGCCCCAAGACCUUGCCAUUGCACUCCAGACCCUUCGGUUUGUUUGGUUUUCCUGUAGCAAGUUUACCCUUUUCUUUAGCUUUCUGGAGGGAGAAAAAAAGCUGGUUCUGCCUGGAAAAGUGGAAUCCCACACGAGGUUGUGCGGUUGGCAGGGCUGCCCCGACGGGGCUGGGGCAGGCAAGGCGGAUGGAGUGAGGAGCUAGGUACCGUCCAUCCUGCAGCUAUUUCCCUACUGGCCUGAUCCUGACACCCACCAGGACCCCUGCCCCGCACUCCCCCCUCUGCGUCCCCAUCGCCCCCCCGCACCCCAUCUUAGCAAUACUGGUAGGAUCCCAGGAGCCCCGAGUCCCGCUCCGCUCCCGAGCCUCCUGCAGCCCUCUUAGCUCAUAAAGCUGGCCCUUUAUUUUGCUAUUACAUGCCUUAAUAUAUGUUUUAUGGAAAUUAUACAUUUAUAAUAUAUAUCUAUAUUUGUUUUUCUCUUCUUUUGUGGGAGGUACUGUUUUGUGCUAAGCUCUCUCUCUGCAGGGUUGUUGGCACCAGCCCUGCCAAUGAGUUACAAAAGCAGAUUCUUUGCCAAUUUAUCAGAAAAAAAAAAAAGAAAAAAACCUAUUUAAAAUAUAUAUAUUUUUUCUGCUUUUAUUAAAAGCAAAUUUAUUUAAAAUAAAAUAUAAAGAGACUGUAAGUUUUAAGAGAUGAUACAUUUAUUUUCCUGAGUGCAGCGGCGUGGCAGCCAGGGCGGGCUCCCCAGCUCAUGUAACCGGGGCAGACCCCACUUACACCGGCUGUGGGGACACGGCCGGGGACGUGCCGGGGACCACGGUGCACGGCUGUGGCCCAUGCAGAGGCUGUGUUGCCUGGCGGGGAGCCGAGGGGGCAUGCAGACCCAUAGGCAGCAAUUCCUUCCAUCUCUGGGGACCAGAGAGGAUGAGGAGCAUCCCAGUGCUCCUGCCCCUGGUGUGCCCGGAGCUGCCGGUGAACUCCGGCUCAGCUGUGCUGUGGUGGCCGAGUCUGAGCCUUCCCCAAGGCGUGAGUACAGCCUGGUGCACAGGGACCCCCAUGGCUGCCGUAUUGUGGAACCUGGUGGUCAUUAUUUUGUUGUUUUUUUUUU